AAAUUGUUAAACAUGCCAUCGACAUUUCAACAGAUUUUCUCCCCAAAAUCUCGACUCCUUCCAAUCUUCGCCGCCGGCCGCAAUGUCGUCCCAGCUGAUCGCCUCCCACCGUGAGAACGCCGAAGUCUACACCGGAGGGGAUGUAUGCAAGCAGAAGUCGUUGGAGCUGCUGGAGAAGAUGAACCUCCCGAAAGGACUGCUCCCUCUGGAGGACAUCAUUGAAGUCGGCUACAACGAGGCGACUGGAUUCGUGUGGCUCAAGCAGAAGAAGAGCAAGACGCACGUCUUCCGCGCGAUCAAUAAGAGCGUGUGGUACGACACCGAGAUCACCGCGUUCGUCGAGGACCGUCGGAUGAAGCACCUAACUGGCGUCAAGAGUAAGGAGCUCCUGAUCUGGGUGACUAUCUCUUAUAUCGCCAUUCAGGAUCCUAACUCUGGCAAAAUUCUGUUCGCUACACCGUCCGGACUUUCCAGAGCUUUACCGGUCUCGGCGUUUGAGGAGGAAGAGAGCAACAAGGAGCAGAAAUGAAUUCAAUAUUCGUUAGACUAAUUCGGUUCGUGUAUCUCCUCAAUCAUAUCAUUUGAUAUGAUUCUCGAACUAUCCUUUCAUUUCAAAUCUAGGUUAAUAUUAUUCGCGUAAGGUGUAAGCUAUAAGUUAUUAUUAGCCUCGCCUGUUAAAUCUCCUCUACUUCCAUUACAAAUAACUCGUUUAGAUUCCGUGGAAUAUAUUAUUGCCUAGAAUCA